AUGGCUCUGCUGUCGCCGUCGCGUCUCGAAGCGCUUCGUCUCAUCCGCGAGCAGCUCCGCUGUACGCUCUGUGACCAGAUGUUCCAAGACCCGCAGUGCCUCGACUGUAAGCACAAUUUCUGUCGCCCGUGCAUUCUGUUGCAUCUCAAGCGCAACCACUCGUACUGUCCGCAUUGCCACCUGCCGACCCGACCCAGUGAAGUCACGCGGAACCAGUUCUUGGAGAGCCUUUUGACGGCGUGGACACACGUGGAGAAGGAGCUCGCGGCUUUGAAUGGAGACAAGACGCUGCACGCUGCUAGUUAUACGGUCAAAGACACGGACGAAGCGCUGCAUCGCGCUCUCAAUAAUGGCACCAGUGCAACACCGCUACUACCAGGUACUGAAGCGAGGCAGCAAGUGGAAGCUACACAGGCGACGCGAGGCCGCGUGGCCAAUCACAAGUGGGACAUUGACACGCAGGAGAUUCGACAGGAGCUCAAGUUGGAACAGCGGUACAUGCCACAGCAACAUCCAGGCUCGAGACAGCUGGAAAGUACGAGUCAGUGGAAGAAAACUAGCAGCAGUGACUUGCCGGAGGAUUAUAAAGGAAGUAGUUCAAGUGUUCGAGGACGAGAGUUGAGCGGAGAGGGCAGCGGCUAUCGACGCAGUGGCAGCAGAAAGCGUGACAAGAAGCAGUCGAUCAGGUCGUUGGAUGAAGUGUCUGCAGUGGAGAGUGUUGACGUGGAGACAGUGAUCGAUGAUGGGGAAGAUGAUGACGACGGAGAGACGGGAUGGGAAGGCUCGAGUUCUAGGACGAGUACUCCGUGCUUGAUGGCGACGCAAGAGGUGGAGAGUUAUAUGGAUCGCAUUGCUAAGCAACGGGAGGCCUUGAGUCAGUGGGAGAAAAGUCGAGCGGGAAAGAGUGAUGGCAUGUCGUCGCUCUUGGACUUGAAACGGUCGUUGCAGAGUAGCAACGGCUUUGAUGAAUUGCUGAAGGAGCGACGGAGAGAAUCGCAAUAUUGCAAUUUCUUUGACGACAGCGACACGUUGACGCAGAUGACGCAAGUGCCAUCUUCGAUGAGUGUGUUCGAGUCACCCGAUCUACUUGCUGCGUUCCAACGGCGGAAGUACACUCAUAAUGACGAGAGUGAGAAGGAUCGACGGUCAGCAAGUCAAGGGGUUCCGUCCAUACCUCCGCCACCCUUAUUGCACGCCCGAGGUCGAAUUUCCUCGCCGUCACGUAAACGACUACGCAUGCCCGUGUCGGAGAACAAGCAGCCGACAUGCCACCGCUUUGUAUCGACUAUCGAUCCGUCUUCGAAGGGUUUGGACACGGACAAUAAAGACGAGGUUCGUGAUCGUCGGCCAGCUACAAAUGCAGACUACAAGGACGCUGACGGUGAAGACGAGUAUGAGAUGAAGCCAUCAGUACCCAUACCAUCAACACCCGAGCACAGCAGCUCUAGGGCUGAUCAGCGUUGCAAACAUCCAGGUUUGCCUCCGCAAACGGAUAAACGCCCUCGUGGCGACUUCCGCACCGGUACUGCUCUUUUCCAGGUGGAGGACAAGUAUCAUCGUGGCAAUCUCGCCUCUCAAGCAACGAAGCGACCCGCAUGCUCUGCUUCAGUAACAAGGACUCUCAAUGGCGCAGAUACAGCUCAAAGAGAAGGCGACCUAGCAAGACCAAUUGCCGCUGCUAGCUCGUGCAAACCUACGGUUCACACUUCGAAUGGUCCUACCAAGACUUCAGUGGGCAACUCUGGUUUCGUCUUUGUAAGCUCGGACCUUACCCGUGAAGAAGUGAAGCGUGUACUCGAAGCAACGCAGCAGCUAGGAGGCAAGUUUGGGCACGACUUUGACCUCAAGCGUGACCCUGUUACAAGCCACUUUUGCACAUCUGUGACGCAUUUGAUCACCAAGGCAGUGCCACCUAUCGGCGCCAUCAGCGGUGCCGAACCGGACGAGUUGCGAUGCAAGCGCACGGCCAAGUACAUGCGCGGAUUGGCUGAAGGGAGUUUCGUGAUGGACUUUUCGUGGAUCACAGCCAGUUUGUCUGCAGGCCGAUGGCUAACUGAAGAACCAUUUGAGAUGGUUGGUGACAUCUACAGCGAUGCUAUUGGGAAACCGCACGAAGGGCGUCUCCGUCGCGUGCGGACUGGACGACGCAACAGCAUAUUCAGCAUGCUCAGCUUCGUGCUGCUCGUGUCGGAAUCGGAGUUUGACUUCCAGUUCAACUCGGUGAAAGCUUUGGUCAACAACUUUGGCGGCACUGUCGUGCGGGCCGAGAGCUUUAUCAAGGUCAAGGCCAAUAGCAAGCAGCGCUCACGGCGCACUCCUGUUGGUGUCGUGUCCAAAACCACUUUGCCAUCGGAAGCCACGGCCAAGUGGGAGCAGUUCCAGAUCCCGAUUGUGCGUAUCACGUGGAUCUUCGACAGCGUGAGUCACCUGGAAGUGCUGCCAUUUGAUGACUAUUAUCCGUAUUGA